AUGCCAACGCUAUCAAACGAAAACGAAACAUUGCCAUUCUCUGCAAUACCUGGCCCAAAAGGAACGAUUUCAAAUAUCCUGGGUUAUACGUUUGGUAAGGGAACGCAUUACGAAAAAGUAACGAAACGUUUCAAAAAGUUCGGCCCAAUAUAUCGAGAGAAAAUACUGGACAUGGAAAUUGUGAACUUUUACGAUAUAGAUUCCUUGGCUACGGUUUUAAAGAUCGAAGCAAAUUUCCCAAUGAGAGCUGGCUUAGAGUCAAUUAUGACGGUGUUUGGCAGAAAUGUGACUGGGAUCCUAUCUUGUGAUUAUGACGAGUGGUAUGCGGAUCGAUCAUUGCUAUCGCCGAUGUUUUUGCGACCCAAAGAGAUCAAUGAAAGAAUAUCCAUGAUCAAUGCUGUGGCCAACGACUUCGUUGAGCGAUUACACCAUCUUAGAGAUCAAGAUGGAACAAUACACAACAUUGAAAGGGAACUUUCUUAUUGGAGCGUUGAGUCAAACUCUUCAUUCCUGUUUAAUCGACGCCUUGGCUUCUAUGAGAAAACACCAGAUGCAGAUGUUCUCGUGUUUUUCGAGGCAGCCUGCAAAAUGAAGGAUAACGUAGGAUUUCUCAUUGAUAUGGGUCCAUUUCACAAGUAUAUACCGACACCAGCAUAUUAUGCAGCAAAGCGGAAUAUGAAUACAAUGCAUGAGUCCUACAUCAAAUUGUCCAAAAAAAAGAGGCGAAGAGUGGGGAAGACGCGAUUGAAAAAACGACGUCGGUUGCUGAUCAUGUAUUUGCGAAACGGAAAUUGA